AUGACAUCUUUAUUUCCGGCGGCGUGCCCGGCGCCGCUGGUGCACUCGGAGUGCUACCGGCGGCGCUGCGAGCCGGCGUGCGGCGCGCGCGGCGCCUGCCCCGCCGAGCGCGCCUGCUUCCCCGGCUGCUACUGCCCGCCCGGCACGCUGCGCAAGGGCGACACCUGCGUCGCGCCCACCGACUGCCUCGAUUGCACGUGCAAGGGCGUGGGCGCGCCGGCCAAGUACGUGACGUUCGAGGGCGACGACCUGCCCUUCCUCGGCAACUGCACCUACCUCGCCGCGCGCGACGCCAACCACACCGGCCACCACAGGUUUGAGGUGUACGCUAGCAACGGGCCGUGCGAGGACACGGCGGCGGCGGUGUGCACGCACGCGGUGCAUCUCAUACACGAGAAGAAUAUCAUACACGUCACGAAGGAUACGGUCACUAAAAAGUUAAUAACAACAGUGAACGGCAAGCCAAUAUUUAAAUACCCUCAGAAGAAUGACUGGGCACAGAUCACUCUCCUCAAUGGACAGGACGUCAGUAUCCUACUACCGGACGAUCAUGUCGAGCUGACCGUGUCCCAGGCGAAGAUGGAGUUCGCAGUGCGCGUGCCGUCGGCCACGUACGGCGGCCGCACGCAGGGGCUGUGCGGCGUGUGCGCCGGCACGCAGGACCACCUCGUCACCAGCAACGGCACCGUCACCGAUGACUUCGAGGAGUACGGCAAGAGCUGGCAAGCCAGCCCCGAGGCGCUGUCCGCGCUGGAGGUGCCGGCGCAGGCGCGCUGCGAGGAGCCGCCGCCGCCCGCGCCCUGCGCGCCGCCGCCCGACGACAACCCCUGCCACAACAUCAACAAUGUCGACAAGUUCGGCGCUUGCCACGCGCUGGUGGACCCGGCGCCGUACCAGGCGCAGUGCGAGGCGGAGCUGUGCGAGCUCAACGCCACGGACGCGUGCGCCGCGCUCGCGCGCUACGCCGCCGACUGCCGCGCGCAGGGCGUGUGCCUGCGCUGGCGCGAGGACCUCUGCCCCUAUCCCUGCGAAGCGCCGUUCGUGUACAGACCGUGCGUGGACUGCGAGCGUACUUGUGAUAACUACGACGAACUCAAGGACAACCCUAAAAAAUGCGACAAAGAUCCGGUAGAAGGAUGCUUCUGUCCUGAAGGAAAAGUGCGAGUGAACAACACAUGCAUAGAGCCGACCAAGUGCUUCCCGUGCGACGCCAACAAGGAGCAUUAUGCCGGCGACGAGUGGCAAGAGGACGCGUGCACGCGCUGCACGUGCAGCAAGGGCGCGGCGGAGCGGGACGCGCACGUGGCGUGCACCACGCAGCGCUGCGCCGAGCCCGUGUGCGCGCACGACGAGCGCCGCGUGGCCAAGCCCGCGCGCGCCGCCGCCUGCUGCCGAGACUACGUCUGCGUACCAAAACCGCCGGACGUUCACUGCGAGGAACCCAAAAAGAUAGAGUGUGGAUUCGGACAAAUUCUUAAACAAAAGACCACAGCCAACGGAUGCAAGGAGUUUACGUGCGAAUGUAAACCCGAAAACGAAUGCGAGAAGAUUCCCGAUGACAGUGAAAUAGAGAUGCUAGAGCCGGGCAUGGAGCGGCUCGUGGACACGAGCGGGUGCUGCCCGCGCGCCGAGCUGGUGUGCCGCGUGCAGAGCUGCCCCGAGCCGCCCGACUGCCCAGAGUUCCACACCUUGGAAACUAGCAAUGUCACUGGCAAGUGCUGUCCGGAACACAAGUGUGAGUUGCCGAAAGAUAAGUGCGUGGUGCGUCUGGAGUGGGAGGCCGCGCCCAAGGGCGGGGAAAGGCCGAGAACCAACCCACAAGUUGUUUUGAAAGACCUGGACGCGGCGUGGCUGGACGGGCCGUGCCGCGCGUGCCGCUGCGAGCGCGGCGCGGCGCAGUGCAGCGCGCGCGCCUGCGCGCCGGUGCUGUCCACGCCGCAGUUCGUGCUGGAGCCGCGCGCCGUGCCCUUCGCCUGCUGCCCCGAGCCCGUCUACGUCGCAUGCAGAGACGGCGACAAUAUAUACAAGGUGGGCGAGAACUGGACGUCACCAUACAACCCAUGUGAAUCGUACCAGUGCGUGGAAUUAGAAGAUGGCAAAUUAGAGAAGAUCACCACCGUGCAGAGCUGUCAUACUGACUGCCAGCUUGGCUACGAGUACACGCCGUCGCCGGGCGGCGCGCAGUGCUGCGGGCGGUGCCGCGCCGUGGCCUGCGUGGCGGGCGGCGCGGCGCGCGGCGUCGGCGACUCCUGGACCUCUGACGACUUCUGCGCCAACUACACCUGCGCUGAUCUCAAUGGGACUCUGCAAGUCCAAAGUCAGAACGUGUCGUGUCCAGAAGUAUCAGAGGCCAUAAAGAAGCAGUUCGUCCUGAAAGAAGAGAAGGUGCCGGGACAGUGUUGCCCGAAGCGGGAGCCCAUCGCUUGUCGCGUCGGAGAUAAGAUUUAUCAGGAGGGACAAACGUGGCCAUCGGACAACCCGUGCAAGAACUACACAUGCGUCCGCGAGAACGGGCAGCUGGCGGUGGCGCCGCGCGAGCGGGCGUGCGACGCGGCGUGCGCGCGCGGCUGGCGCUACGCCGAGCCCGCGCGCGGCGCCUGCUGCGGCCGCUGCGUGCAGGUGCAGUGCGUCGUGGGCGACGAGGUGAAGGAUGUUGGAGACACGUGGCAAUCGGCGGACAACUGCACGCAGUACACGUGCGAGAGCAUGGAGCGCGAGGUGUUCGUGACGUCGGCGCGCCAGGCGUGCCCCGACGUGUCGGCGUGCGCGCCCGAGCACCUCGUGCGCGGGCCUUGCUGCGCCGUGUGCCAGGAGCCGCCCGCCUCGCUGAGCAAGUGCGUGCCGCGCGCGCUGCCGGCGGCGGACACGGUGGGGCUGGUGCGCGUGCACAUGGGCGCGCGCGGCCUGUGCGCCAACACGCGCGCGCUGCCCGGCCUGCGCGAGUGCCGCGGCAGCUGCGACUCCGGCACGCUCUACAACAACCAGACGGGACGGCACGAGAGCGCGUGCGAGUGCUGCGCGGCCACGCGGUACGCGGCGCUGGCGGUGGAGCUGCAGUGCGCGGACGGGUCGCUGGCGCGCCACCGCGUGGCCACGCCCGCGCGCUGCGCCUGCCGCGCGUGCGGCGCCGACGACUCCCUCGCUGGCCUCGCCGCGCACGCCGCGCCCACCAAGACCGGGUUCACCCGGCGACCGCACUACGAGGAGCCCGACGAGUAUGCGAUCCCCGACAUGUUUACGCGCUUCGGGAUCACGAAGUCUGUGCCUGAACUCAAGCCACCCACCGAAUAU